GUUCCGUUGCGGCGCGCACGUUGGUUGGUUGUUUUUGUUUACUGGUUCUGCCCCGCAAGCCGGACGAACAAAAUUUUGAAUACAUUUUUAUGUGGAAGAAUAAUUUGUGUAGUUUUCUAGGCGUAUUCAGUGCUCAAAACGCAAAAUGUGUGGAAGAACCUGCCUGACGCUUGAACCAAAGGAAGUCCAAUGUUGUUGCAAAUAUCAAAACCCACAGCAAAGCAAGCCCAAAACGCCAGAGUAUCGCAAUGAGUUCAACUGCGGUCGAAAGUACCAACCUUCGCACAACAUUGCUCCCACGGACAUCACUCCGGUUCUGGUCUCUGCAGCCCAUUUCGACGAAGCCAAGGAAAGUUCAGAGCGAAUCAUUGUGCCGAUGAUGUGGAGCAUGGUACCUCGAUGGCACAAGGGCGAUUACCGGAAGCACGGUCUGACAACGAACAACUGCCGUUUGGAGGGUUUGGCUGUGUCCAAGCUGUACGGGCCUCCACUCGCAGCCGGUCAUCGAUGCGUAAUACUCUGCGAGGGAUUCUACGAAUGGCAGACGACGGCUAAAGAUUUGAAAGCGUCGGAGCGACCAGCUUUCUACAUUCACAUGCCACAAAACGAGGGCGUUAAAAUCGAAGACAGGUCCACUUGGAAUCUAGCGGGAACCGAUGGUACAAUCAACCUUCUGAAGAUGGCUGGUCUGUUCGACGUUUGGGAAGACGAAAACGGAGAUAAAUUGUACAGCUAUACGGUGAUAACAUUCGAGUCCAACAAAAAGUUCUCGGCAAUCCACCACCGGAUUCCGGCUAUCCUUGAGACGGACGAGGAAGUUGACGCAUGGCUUGACUUUCGGAGAGUGGCCGCAACCCGUGCGAUGAAUAUGUUGAAACCGAGCGAAACAAUUCAGUGGUACGGAGUCUCCAAUUUGGUCAACAAUUCCAGAAACAAAUCGGACCAGUGCAACAAACCGAUUGGAAAAGAUGGGACAAAACCCACAAUUGGAAAAGGAAACGCUACUCCCAAGAGUAAGAUGAUGCAGUCCUGGUUGAUCGUGAAGAAAAGAAACCUCGAGGAUGAUCCAACUGUGGAGAAGAAAGAACCCACGGCAUCUGAACCAGACCGGAAGAAACCCAAAGAGGAGAAUGUUCAAGCAGAUUGAAAUAUGGAUUACUUUAAUAUACAUUUAACUUUUAAUCCGUUGUCAUAUUUUCGUUCGUACUCGAAUCAACUAUCUUAUUAUUUGUUUGAAGACGUUUCCGUGAAAUAAAGUGCAUCUUCAAAUGUUG